CAUGGCAGGAAGCACCAAAACAUCUCACACUUCUUCUCUCUACGACCUGGCGGUGAAUCCUGAGUGGACAGACGGACAAACUUGUGGGGUGUGGGCACAUGUGGAAGGCCUGCAUGUUAACACCACGUGGGAAACAGACAAAAGGCAAAAUCAGACUGAGAAGAAAAACAAGGAGAUCUGAGAAGUAAAAACAGAUACAACAAUCUAGACUCAGACCGCAAAGACAAUGAUGAGUCUGAUAAUGUUAAUAAUUGCAGUGAUUAACAUGACAACAGCCUCAGUAACUGGUUCUCAGAUGGACAUUAAUCCUGGAGUUGAGACCUGCUUGGCAGAAAGAUUCUGUUACCAGCUGAGUUUCGGGGCCACAGAGAUUCCCUCCAAUAUCUCCAGCAACACCAAAUACCUGGAAGUUACGCAGACGCAGAUCAGAGUGAUUCCCCAGGGCGCCUUCACCAGUCUGCAGCACCUCAGGAAACUUACCAUAUUGCAGAAUGACAUGCUGGAGAGUAUAGGUGCAUUUGCCUUCGCUAACCUGCCGCAGCUCACCAACAUCUUCAUCUCUGAGAAUGUUGCCUUGGAGAGGAUUGAAUCAUUUGCUUUCUCCAAUCUCCCAGAGCUCACUGAGAUGUGA